UUAGAAUGGAAACAAAAUUUUUGCAAAUGAUUAUACUUAUUGUGAUAUUGGUGCAUUUUUUUCUACUAUUGGUAAUCUUCUACGUAUGUUUAUAUUUGGAUAAGCCUGCUGCAGCCGAGGACCGAACUUCCGAUAAAUACGAAUCUUCAGCACAGCUUAGAGCACAAGAUCCAGACCUUCCACACGCCUCAGGUCCAACAGAAACAAUAGCACAGUCUAAUGGUACCCCAAAAUCCCAAACUUCCACGGUGACAGGGUCAAUAAGUAACUCGUAUCCCAAUGGGAAUCCUGUAAUACCAUUUUGGAAAUUAAAAAGGGAUGUAACAAGUGAAACUAAUACGGCAAUGAGAAUGUUACAGGAAACAUUUAUACCAGGCUCUGUUAAAGAUUCCAGAGAUGCAAGGUCUCAAGAGGAACUUACUGUUCUUAAUCCGAAAAAACUUUCAAGACCAACGAAUACCCCAAUAAGAUCGAACAGAAUUUUGAACAACAGCGACAUUGUAAGUAUUUUAAAUCCGAAUAAUGUAACAAUGCCAAAUAAAUCAGUUAGGAAAAGCUCAAGAGAAAAAAUGGAUGCAUCCAAUCCAAAUAUAAAAAAUACAUCAGAGAAGAAAGAAUAUCUACGUAAAAAAACUACAAGAAAGGAAAUAUUCAUAUCCAAUCCGAAUAAAGAAAAUACAUCAGAGAAGGAAUAUGUUCGUAAAAAAACUACACGAAAGGAAAUUUUUAUAUCCAAUCCGAAUAAAAUAACUACAAGAGAAAAGACAGUAUAUAAAGGAGAAAAAACCACAAGAAAGGAAAUAUUUAUAGACAAUCCGAAUAAAGAAACUACACCGAUAAAGACAGUAGCUGAGACCACAAGAGAAGAAUUAAAUAUACCCAAUCCGAAUAAAGAAACUACACCGAUAAAGACAGUAGCGGAGACCACAAGAGAAGAAUUAAAUAUACCCAAUCCGAAUAAAGAAACUACACCGAUAAAGACAGUUGCUGAGACCACAAGAGAGAAAUUAAAAAUACCCAAUCCGAAUAAAGAAACUACAACGGAAAAGACAACAAGUACUAGUAGAAAAACAACCAGAGAAGAAAUAAUUAUUCCAAAUCCUAAUAAGGAAACAACACCAGGAACGUCUAAGCCAGAACCGCAGAAAACAACACGGGAGGAACUGAAUCUUUCAAACCCAAACAAGGUUACUACACCUCCAUUUAAAAAAACAACAAGGGAGGCAAUACUUAUUCCCAAUCAAUUUUUAGUUUCUACAACACGAAAAACGAAAUCUACGAGGAAGCCUAUUGUUGCAACAAAUCCAUUUAAGGAUACGACUACAUUCUUCACAAAAUCAACAAGGGAUGAAAUUGAAGUUCCUAAUACAUUAGGAGACUCCGGAAUAUCCAAAACAUCUAGAGCUUCAUUAUACAUUUCAAAUCCAUUUGAACAAACAACCAGAGAUUUAUUAUAUAUUUCCAAUCCAUUUGAAGAGGCAACUGCUGGAACAACAAGGGCACCAAUAGUUGUUUCCAAUCCGUUUGAACAUGCACCAACUUCGCCAACCACAAGGAAGCCAGUGGCAAUUCCAAAUCCAUUCGAAGAUUCUACAUCACGAACGGUGGGAACUACGAGAGGGGAACUUAUAAUUCCAAAUCCGUUUGGGCAUUCAACUGGAAUGGGCGUAGACGACACUACCAGAGAGGCGCUAGUGGUUCCAAAUCCCUUCGAACCAACAGCGACAUCGUCUAAAACCACAAGAAAGCCAAUGGUUGUUCCAAAUCCUUUCGAGAAUUCCAUAUCUACAACGUCGGGUACAACGAGAGAGGAAUUAAUGAUUCCCAAUCCAUUUGAAGGCAAUACAACACAAAAUCCCUUCGCUCCCACAACGACUAAAUUAAAAACUACAAGGAAACCACUGGCAAUUCCAAAUCCUUUCGAGGAUUCGACGACGCCGGGAACAACGAGAAUAGAACUAAUGAUUCCCAAUCCAUUUGAAGGCAAUACAACACAAAAUCCCUUCGCUCCCACAACGACUAAAAUAAAAACUACAAGGAAGCCACUGGCAAUUCCAAAUCCUUUCGAGGAUUCGACGACGCCAGGAACAACGAGAAUGGAACUAAUGAUUCCCAACCCAUUUGAAGGCAAUACAACACAAAAUCCCUUCGCUCCCACAACGACUAAAUUAAAAACUACAAGGAAACCACUGGCAAUUCCAAAUCCUUUCGAGGAUUCGACGACGCCGGGAACAACGAGAAUAGAACUAAUGAUUCCCAAUCCAUUUGAAGGCAAUACAACACAAAAUCCCUUCGCUCCCACAACGACUAAAUUAAAAACUACAAGGAAACCACUGGCAAUUCCAAAUCCUUUCGAGGAUUCGACGACGCCGGGAACAACGAGAAUAGAACUAAUGAUUCCCAAUCCAUUUGAAGGCAAUACAACACAAAAUCCCUUCGCUCCCACAACGACUAAAUUAAAAACUACAAGGAAACCACUGGCAAUUCCAAAUCCUUUCGAGGAUUCGACAACGGCGGGAACAACAAGAAAGGAACUAUUGAUUCCCAAUCCGUUCGAAGGCAAUACAACACAAAAUCCGUUCGCUCCCACAACGACUAAAUUAAAAACUACGAGGAAGCCACUGGCAAUUCCAAAUCCUUUCGAGGAUUCGACAACGGCGGGAACAACAAGAAAGGAACUAUUGAUUCCCAAUCCGUUCGAAGGCAAUACAACACAAAAUCCGUUCGCUCCCACAACGACUAAAUUAAAAACUACAAGGAAGCCACUGGCAAUUCCAAAUCCUUUCGAGAGUUCGACAUCGGCGGAAAUAACAAGGGAGGAACUUAUGAUUCCCAAUCCGUUUGAAGACACAACUAGCAUGGAAGGCGAAAACACAACCAGAGAAGCGAUAGUGGUUCCCAAUCCUUUCGACAACACAGGGACUACUUCGAAAACGACAAGGAAGCCAAUGGUUGUUCCAAAUCCUUUCGAGAAUUCCACAUCCACUACGGCGGGAACAACGAGGGAAGAACUUCUGAUUCCCAAUCCUUUUGAAGACACAACUAGUAUGGAAGAGGAAAACACAACAAGAGAAGCGAUAGUAGUUCCCAAUCCUUUCGGCAACACAGGGACUACUUGGAAAACGACAAGGAAACCAUUGGUUGUUCCAAAUCCUUUCGAGAAUUCCACAUCGACAACAGUGGGAACAACGAGAGAGGAGCUUAUGGUUCCCAAUCCGUUUGAAGGCACAACUAGCAUGGAAGGGGAAAACACAACCAGAGAAGCGAUAGUGGUUCCCAAUCCUUUCGAUAAUACUGGGACUACUUCGAAAACAACAAGGAAGCCAAUGAUUGUUCCAAAUCCUUUCGAGAAUUCCACAUCCACUACGGCGGGAACAACGAGGGAGGAACUUCUGAUUCCCAAUCCGUUUGAAGACACAACUAGUAUGGAAGAGGAAAACACAACAAGAGAAGCGAUAGUAGUUCCCAAUCCUUUCGACAACACAGGGACUACUUGGAAAACGACAAGGAAACCAUUGGUUGUUCCAAAUCCUUUCGAGAAUUCCACAUCGACAACAGUGGGAACAACGAGAGAGGAGCUUAUGGUUCCCAAUCCGUUUGAAGGCACAACUAGCAUGGAAGGGGAAAACACAACCAGAGAAGCGAUAGUGGUUCCCAAUCCUUUCGAUAAUACUGGGACUACUUCGAAAACAACAAGGAAGCCAAUGAUUGUUCCAAAUCCUUUCGAGAAUUCCACAUCGACAACAGUGGGAACAACGAGAGAGGAGCUUUUGGUUCCCAAUCCGUUUGAAGACACAACUAGUAUGGAAGAGGAAAACACAACAAGAGAAGCGAUAGUAGUUCCCAAUCCUUUCGGCAACACAGGGACUACUUGGAAAACGACAAGGAAACCAUUGGUUGUUCCAAAUCCUUUCGAGAAUUCCACAUCGACAACAGUGGGAACAACGAGAGAGGAGCUUAUGGUUCCCAAUCCGUUUGAAGGCACAACUAGCAUGGAAGGGGAAAACACAACCAGAGAAGCGAUAGUGGUUCCCAAUCCUUUCGAUAAUACUGGGACUACUUCGAAAACAACAAGGAAGCCAAUGAUUGUUCCAAAUCCUUUCGAGAAUUCCACAUCCACUACGGCGGGAACAACGAGGGAGGAGCUUAUGGUUCCCAAUCCGUUUGAAGACACAACUAGUAUGGAAGGGGAAAACACAACCAGAGAACCGAUAGUGGUUCCCAAUCCUUUCGACAACACAGGGACUACUUCGAAAACGACAAGGAAACCAUUGGUUGUUCCAAAUCCUUUCGAGAAUUCCACAUCGACAACAGUGGGAACAACGAGAGAGGAGCUUAUGGUUCCCAAUCCGUUUGAAGGCACAACUAGCAUGGAAGGAGAAAUCACAACCAGAGAAGCGAUAGUGGUUCCCAAUCCUUUCGACAACACAGGGACUACUUCGAAAACGACAAGGAAGCCAAUGGUUGUUCCAAAUCCUUUCGAGAAUUCCACAUCCACUACGGCGGGAACAACAAGGGAAGAACUUCUGAUUCCCAAUCCUUUUGAAGACACAACUAGCAUGGAAGGCGAAAACACAACCAGAGAAGCGAUAGUUGUUCCCAAUCCUUUCGAUAAUACUGGGACUACUUCGAAAACAACAAGGAAGCCAAUGAUUGUUCCAAAUCCUUUCGAGAAUUCCACAUCCACUACGGCGGGAACAACGAGGGAGGAGCUUAUGGUUCCCAAUCCGUUUGAAGACACAACUAGUAUGGAAGGGGAAAACACAACCAGAGAAGCGAUAGUGGUUCCCAAUCCUUUCGACAACACGGGGACUACUUCGAAAACGACAAGGAAACCAUUGGUAGUUCCAAAUCCUUUCGAGAAUUCCACAUCGACAACAGUGGGAACAACGAGAGAGGAGCUUAUGGUUCCCAAUCCGUUUGAAGGCACAACUAGCAUGGAAGGGGAAAACACAACCAGAGAAGCGAUAGUGGUUCCCAAUCCUUUCGAUAAUACUGGGACUACUUCGAAAACAACAAGGAAGCCAAUGAUUGUUCCAAAUCCUUUCGAGAAUUCAACAACGGCGGGAACAACGAGGGAGGAGCUUAUGGUUCCCAAUCCGUUUGAAGACACAACUAGCAUGGAAGGAGAAAUCACAACCAGAGAAGCGAUAGUGGUUCCCAAUCCUUUCGACAACACAGGGACUACUUCGAAAACAACAAGGAAGCCAAUGGUUGUUCCAAAUCCUUUCGAGAAUUCAACAACGGCGGGAACAACGAGGGAGGAGCUUAUGGUUCCCAAUCCGUUUGAAGACACAACUAGCAUGGAAGGAGAAAUCACAACCAGAGAAUCGAUAGUGGUUCCCAAUCCUUUUGACAACACAGGGACUACUUCGAAAACAACAAGGAAGCCAAUGGUUGUUCCAAAUCCUUUCGAGAAUUCGACAACGGCGGGGACAACGAGGGAGGAACUUAUGGUUCCCAAUCCGUUUGAAGACACAACUAGCAUGGAAGGCGAAAACACAACCAGAGAAGCGAUAGUUGUUCCCAAUCCUUUCGCUAAUACUGGGACUACUUCGAAAACGACAAGGAAGCCAAUGGUUGUUCCAAAUCCUUUCGAGAAUUCCACAUCGACAACAGUGGGAACAACGAGAGAGGAGCUUAUGGUUCCCAAUCCGUUUGAAGGCACAACUAGCAUGGAAGGGGAAAAUACAACCAGAGAAGCGAUAGUGGUUCCCAAUCCUUUCGAUAAUACUGGGACUACUUCGAAAACGACAAGGAAGCCAAUGGUUGUUCCAAAUCCUUUCGAGCAUUCCACAUCGACAACAGUGGGAACAACGAGAGAGGAGCUUAUGGUUCCCAAUCCGUUUGAAGACACAACUAGCAUGGAAGGGGAAAACACAACCAGAGAAUCGAUAGUGAUUCCCAAUCCUUUCGACAACACAGGGACUACUUCGAAAACAACAAGGAAGCCAAUGGUUGUUCCAAAUCCUUUCGAGAAUUCGACAACGGCGGGGACAACGAGGGAGGAACUUAUGGUUCCCAAUCCGUUUGAAGAUACAACUAGCAUGGAAGGAGAAAUCACAACCAGAGAAUCGAUAGUGGUUCCCAAUCCUUUCGACAACACAGGGACUACUUCGAAAACAACAAGGAAGCCAAUGGUUGUUCCAAAUCCUUUCGAGAAUUCGACAACGGCGGGGACAACGAGGGAGGAACUUAUGGUUCCCAAUCCGUUUGAAGAUACAACUAGCAUGGAAGGGGAAAAUACAACCAGAGAAGCGAUAGUGGUUCCCAAUCCUUUCGACAACACAGGGACUACUUCGAAAACAACAAGGAAGCCAAUGGUUGUUCCAAAUCCUUUCGAGAAUUCAACAACGGCGGGAACAACGAGGGAGGAACUUAUGGUUCCCAAUCCGUUUGAAGAUACAACUAGCAUGGAAGGAGAAAUCACAACCAGAGAAUCGAUAGUGGUUCCCAAUCCUUUCGACAACACAGGGACUACUUCGAAAACAACAAGGAAGCCAAUGGUUGUUCCAAAUCCUUUCGAGAAUUCAACAACGGCGGGAACAACGAGGGAGGAGCUUAUGGUUCCCAAUCCGUUUGAAGACACAACUAGCAUGGAAGGAGAAAUCACAACCAGAGAAACGAUAGUGGUUCCCAAUCCUUUCGACAACACAGGGACUACUUCGAAAACAACAAGGAAGCCAAUGGUUGUUCCAAAUCCUUUCGAGAAUUCGACAACGGCGGGGACAACGAGGGAGGAACUUAUGGUUCCCAAUCCGUUUGAAGACACAACUAGCAUGGAAGGGGAAAUCACAACCAGAGAAACGAUAGUGGUUCCCAAUCCUUUCGACAACACAGGGACUACUUCGAAAACAACAAGGAAGCCAAUGGUUGUUUCAAAUCCUUUCGAGAAUUCGACAACGGCGGGGACAACGAGGGAGGAACUUAUGGUUCCCAAUCCGUUUGAAGACACAACUAGCAUGGAAGGCGAAACCACAACCAGAGAAGCGAUAGUGGUUCCUAAUCCUUUCGACAACACAGGGACUACUUCGAAAACAACAAGGAAGCCAAUGAUUGUUCCAAAUCCUUUCGAGAAUUCCACAUCGACAACAGUGGAAACAACGAGGGAGGAGCUUAUGGUUUCCAAUCCGUUUGAAGACACAACUAGCAUGGAAGGCGAAACCACAACCAGAGAAUCGAUAGUGGUUCCCAAUCCUUUCGACAACACAGGGACUACUUCGAAAACAACAAGGAAGCCAAUGGUUGUUCCAAAUCCUUUCGAGAAUUCAACAACGGCGGGAACAACGAGGGAGGAACUUAUGGUUCCCAAUCCGUUUGAAGACACAACUAGCAUGGAAGGCGAAAACACAACCAGAGAAGCGAUAGUUGUUCCCAAUCCUUUCGAUAAUACUGAGACUACUUCGAAAACAACAAGGAAGCCAAUGAUUGUUCCAAAUCCUUUCGAGAAUUCCACAUCGACAACGGCGGGAACAACGAGGGAGGAACUUAUGAUUCCCAAUCCGUUUGAAGACACAACUAGCAUGGAAGGGGAAAUCACAACCAGAGAAGCGAUAGUGGUUCCCAAUCCCUUUGAUAACACAGGGACUACUUCGAAAACAACAAGGAAGCCAAUGGUUGUUCCAAAUCCUUUCGAGAAUUCGACAACGGCGGGGACAACGAGGGAGGAACUUUUGGUUCCCAAUCCGUUUGAAGACACAACUAGCAUGGAAGGGGAAAUCACAACCAGAGAAACGAUAGUGGUUCCCAAUCCUUUCGACAACACAGGGACUACUUCGAAAACAACAAGGAAGCCAAUGGUUGUUCCAAAUCCUUUCGAGAAUUCAACAACAGCGGGAACAACGAGGGAGGAACUUAUGGUUCCCAAUCCGUUUGAAGACACAACUAGCAUGGAAGGCGAAACCACAACCAGAGAAGCGAUAGUGGUUCCUAAUCCUUUCGACAACACAGGGACUACUUCGAAAACAACAAGGAAGCCAAUGGUUGUUCCAAAUCCUUUCGAGAAUUCAACAACGGCGGGAACAACGAGGGAGGAACUUAUGGUUCCCAAUCCGUUUGAAGACACAACUAGCAUGGAAGGCGAAACCACAACCAGAGAGGCGAUAGUGGUUCCCAAUCCGUUCGACAACACAGGGACUACUUCGAAAACGACAAGGAAGCCAAUGGUUGUUCCAAAUCCUUUCGAGAAUUCCACAUCGACAACGGCGGGAACAACGAGGGAGGAACUUAUGGUUCCCAAUCCGUUUGAAGACACAACUAGCAUGGAUGCAGAAAACGCUACUAGAGUGUCGCUAGUUAUUCCCAAUCCGUUUGAUCAUCCAUGGCAAGCUAUAAAAAGCACAAGAAAGCCCUUGAUUAUUCCAAACCCGUUUGAAAAUAUGGCAACAACAAGGGAUAGGUUUCACUUAAGUAACCCCUUUAUGGACUAUGAAGAUGUUACCAGGACGACAGGAGGAAAAACAACGUCAAGGACAACUCGAAGCCCAAUAACGUCAAAGACAACUAGAAGCCCAAUAGUUAUCCCAAAUCCGUUUGUGAGUGCCACAAGGACAACGGGAAAAGGAGCAACGAAAACAACGAGAGAGCCAAUAACUAUCCCGAAUCCUUUUGAGGCAUCUACACCAAGAAAGGUUAUAAGUGUUUCCAAUCCUUAUAUGGGAACAACAAGGGACAGGUUCCACUUUAGUAACCCGUUUAUGGAUUAUGAAGAUUCUACAAGGACGACAGGAAGAACAACAACGUCAAAGACAACUAGAAGCCCAAUAGUUAUCCCAAAUCCUUUUUUGAGUGCCACAAGGACAACGGGAAAAGGAGGAACAAAAACCACCAGAGAACCAAUAACUAUCCCAAAUCCUUUUGAGGCUCCUAAAAAGACAACUGAAAAUUCAAAAACGAGUAAGACAACGAGAAAGCCUUUAAUUAUACCGAAUCCGUUUGAGGUUUCUGUAUGGACGACGUCAAAAACAACAACGACGAAGAUUACGAGAGAGCCAAUAGUUGUGCCAAAUCCUUUCAAAGCUCCAAUGACAUCUACACCAAGAAAGGUUAUAAGUGUUUCCAAUCCUUAUAUGGGAACAACAAGGGACAGGUUCCACUUUAGUAACCCGUUUAUGGAUUAUGAAGAUUAUACAAGGACGACAGGAAGAACAACAACGUCAAAGACAACUAGAAGCCCAAUAGUUAUCCCAAAUCCUUUUUUGAGUGCCACAAGGACAACGGGAAAAGGAGGAACAAAAACCACCAGAGAACCAAUAACUAUCCCAAAUCCUUUUGAGGCUCCUAAAAAGACAACUGAAAAUUCAAAAACGAGUAAGACAACGAGAAAGCCUUUAAUUAUACCGAAUCCGUUUGAGGUUUCUGUAUGGACGACGUCAAAAACAACAACGACGAAGAUUACGAGAGAGCCAAUAGUUGUGCCAAAUCCUUUCAAAGCUCCAAUGACAUCUACACCAAGAAAAAUAAUAAGUGUUUCCAAUCCGUAUAUGCCAACAACGAGGGACAGGUUUCACUUUAGUAACCCUUUUAUGGAGUAUGAAGAUUAUACAAGGACGACAAGAAGAACAACAACGUCAAAGACAACUAGAAGCCCAAUAGUUAUCCCAAAUCCGUUUUUGAGUGCCACAAAGACGACAGAAAAAGGAGCAAUGAAAACAACGAGAGAACCAAUAACUAUUCCAAAUCCUUUUGAAGCUCCUAAAAAGACAACUGAAAAAUCAAAAACGAGUAAGACAACCAGAAAGCCUUUAAUUAUACCGAAUCCGUUUGAGGUUUCUGUAUGGACGACGUCUAAAACAACAACAACGAAAAUAACGAGAGAGCCAAUAGUUAUCCCAAAUCCUUUCGAAGCUCCAAAGACGUCUACACCAAGAAAGGUAAUAAGUAUUUCCAAUCCCUAUAUGGGAACAACAAGGGACAGGUUUCACUUCAGUAACCCGUUUAUGGAUUAUGAAGAUUAUACAAGGACGACAAGAAGAACAACAACUUCAAAGACAACGAGAAGCCCAAUACCGUCAAAGACAACUAGAAACCCAAUAGUUAUCCCUAAUCCGUUUUUGAGUGCCACAAGGACAACGGGAAAAGAAGCAACGAAAACAACGAGAGAGCCAAUAACUAUCCCGAAUCCUUUUGAGGCUACUAAAAAGACAACCAAAAAAUCAAAGACGAGUAAGACAACAAGAAAGCCUUUAAUUAUACCGAAUCCGUUUGAGGUUUCUGUAUGGACGACGUCAAAAACAACAACGACGAAGAUAACGAGAGAGCCAAUAGUUGUGCCAAAUCCUUUCGAAGCACCAAAGACGUCUACACCAAGAAAGGUAAUAAGUGUUUCCAAUCCCUAUAUGCCAACAACGAGGGACAGGUUUCACUUUAGUAACCCGUUUAUGGAGUAUGAAGAUUAUACAAGGACGACAAGAAGAACAACAAUUUCAAAGACAACGAGAAGCCCAAUAACGUCAAAGACAACGAGAAGCCCAAUAGUUAUCCCUAAUCCGUUUUUGAGUGCCACAAGGACAACGGGAAAAGAAGCAACGAAAACAACGAGAGAGCCAAUAAUUAUACCGAAUCCUUUCAACAGUUCUAGAAAAACAACAAAAAAAUCGAAAACGACUCAACCAACGAGGAGGCCCAUAAUUAUACCGAAUCCAUUUGAGCAUUCUACAAGAGAUCCAAGACCAACAAGAUUAAACAUAUUUAUUUCCAAUCCGUUUAAAGCAUCUACUCCAAGAAGGGUAAUACAUGUUUCCAAUCCCUAUAUUCCUGUGAAGAAAACUACCAGAGAGAGGUUCCACUUUUAUCACCCGUUUCUGGAGUACGAAUUCUUACCGCAAUAAUAUUAUUGUAAUAUUGGCAUUCAACAACCGCAUACACAACAGCUAGAAAUCGUUUUACGUAAGCAGGUUGUGAAUGGACUUAAGACUUUGUUGGUCGCUGUCAUGUGUGGAUGGUCUAUGAGAAGCUUUUUAAGAUUGGGAUCUGCUACCUGAUAAGGUUGGAGCAAAUCAGCCAAAUAAGCAAAUCAAUUUGUACCAGGACGGUAACCAAUCCAAGAGCAGAUUCUCAUUGCUCAUAGCAAUGUUUUAUGGGGAGAGUUUAAAAAACUCUUUGUUCAUAAUCGGAUGAAGUUCGUGGACUUUUGGCAAAGCUAAUACUUUAAAUCGCAGGCUAUCCUUAAAAGUGACAUCGGAAGAAGAUCUGCCUUUUAUAGUAAAUUGACACAAAUUUUAUGUUUUAUAUAUGAAGAGGAUUUUUUAAAUUGUAACGUGAAUUGUAAUUGUUUGUGACAAUAAAAUUUGUUUGUUUUGAA